AUGCACUCUCCAUCGAUGCCGAUCGCACAGUUGUCUAUUUUUGGAUGGCUGGUUAUGGGACCGGUCAAUUUAGCGUCGCCUACACACUCAUCAGCGCAUGUUGCCGUUCACCGACAGGAAGACGCCCUCAACGAGUUGUUAAUGAAGUUUUGGGUACAAGAGGAAGUGCCCAGCAAAGAAGACUGUCAUCUCACUCCCGACGAACAGAGAUGUGAAGAACAUUUUAAGGCGACUCACUCACGCGACGCAUCAGGCAGAUAUGUGGUCCGGCUUCCACUCAAAUCAUCUCCCACGGUGUUGGGACGCUCAUAUAAUUCAGCUCACCAAUGUCUCAAGAGCCUGCUCCGAAGAUUUGCAAGGGACGACAGCUAUAAGCUGCGAUACCAGCAGUUCAUGACGGAGUAUGAAGUACUCAAUCACAUGACGAAGGUAUCGACAAGCUCACCUCAUCAUCCGCAUUAUUAUUUGCCACAUCAUGGUGUACUCAAGCCUGACAGCGCAACCACGAAGUUGCGCGUGGUAUUCAACGGUUCCAGCCUGACAACCUCAGGACAUUCUGUCAAUGACAUUAUGCAUACUGGAGCGAAACUGCAUCUAAACAUUCCAGAUGUGCUAAUUUGGAUUCGGCUACACCGUCAUCUCUUUGCCACGGAUAUCACGAAAAUGUACAGGCAGAUCAAGGUUCACGAAGACGAUUGGGAUCUUCAGAGAAUUCUCUGGAUUGAUGAUCAGCUCAACGAAGUGCCAUAUUGCCUCACCACCGUUACUUACGGAACGAAGGCCGCACCAUUUUUAGCCGUACGAACUCUGCUGCAAUUGGCAGAGGAUGAAGGACACAACUUUCCUCUUGCUGUGCCAACCAUUACUCACGGCAGAUAUGUUGAUGACAUCUUCGGUGGCGCAGACACGGUUCCACAAUUGAAGAAAGUCGCACUACAACUACGGGAUCUCUGUAUGGCGGGCGGCUUCCCACUAGCAAAAUGGCACGCAACUCAUUCUGACAUUAUCACUGCUGUUACGAACAGUCAAGACCAAGGCUCAACGCUCACACUUGACGAUUGCGCAACCAACAUACUCGGAUUAAAAUUGCUACCUCAUACGGACAUGCUCGCAUUCACAACACGAAGCUCAUCUAUAUCUGACCAUCUCACAAAACGCCUCGUCUUAUCUGAAGUGGCUCAGAUAUUCGAUCCACUUGGCCUAGUCUCACCAGUGGUGAUUAGGGCUAAAAUUCUCUUGCAGGAGUUUUGGCUGCAUAAGCUCCAAUGGGAUGAACUACUGCCUUCCCAGCUCUCAUCGCGGUGGCUCAUCAUCAGAGAGGAACUCACAAGUUUGGCCAAACUCUCAAUACCUCGAUGGUUUAACACUUCGAGCAACUCGACAGUAGAACUUCAUGGCUUCUCUGAUGCUUCUCAACUGGCAAUGGCUGCAGCCGUAUAUAUUUCCGUUCACAGCUCAGCUGGUACCACGAUCUCACUUGUGUGCUCCAAAACCAAGGUAGCACCUCUCAAGCGACUCUCAAUCCCGCGACUCGAGCUCACCGCAGCACUGCUGCUCUCACGACUCAUGCAAUACGUCCAAGCCACGUUGAAAAGAGACGUAACGGCAACUCACUUGUGGACGGACUCUCUUGUUACACUCUCGUGGAUCAAAUCUCAUGCAGCACGUUGGAAGGACUUCGUCAGGAACCGUGUGGCUCAAAUUCAGGAACUCACGCCGGACGCUCACUGGAGAUACGUUCCUGGCACGUCCAAUCCAGCAGAUUGUGCCUCACGAGGAUUGACAACAACUCAACUGCAACAUCAUACGCUCUGGUGGAAGGGACCAUCAUGGAUACUCACACCGGAUUCCUGGCCGUUACAACCAGAUCUCCCUGAAGAGCUGAAUUCCCCUGAAUCGCGCCCCGGCAUCUCAUUGAUCACAGCUGUGCCGAAAGCCGAAUAUCAGUGGGACAUCAUCUAUAGGUACUCAGACCUCAAUAAAUUAUUGAGAAUAACAGCACUAUGCUUCAGACUCAUCUCACGAUUACGGAAGAUUCACAACUUGUCACCAAGCGUACACUCUUCAGCAACUGACGUGGAGAAGUCAAGGCUCUUGUGGAUCAAGGCAACUCAAGCGACAUGCUUUCCAUUUGAGCUACAAGCUCUCCAGGCCAGCUCGCCUCUCCCAAGGACACACGCAUUCACUCGAUUAACUGCCUAUAUCGAUGCUCAAGGAAUCAUUCGAGUCGGAGGUCGACUCGCUUAUUCGUCUCUCUCAAGCGAGGGUAAACACCCCGCGAUCUUACCUCGUCACUCACACUUUACCUCGUUGAUAAUUGCAAAUUCUCACAAGCGAACUUUACAUGGAGGCACCCAGCUCACGCUCGCUCACAUCCGACAGAACUACUGGAUCCUAGGCAGAAGAGCUCCUGUCAAAUCUCAUAUACUCAACUGUGUUGUGUGUGCUCGACAGAGGGGAAUCCGUGCUCAUCAAUUGAUGGGCCAACUACCUCUCUCGAGGGUCACGCCUUCACGUCCAUUUGCUCACACAGGAGUCGACUACGCCGGACCACUCGCCCUCAAAACCUGGAAGGGAAGAGGUGCCAAAACAUACAAGGGCUGGAUUUGCGUCUUCGUUUGCUUCACAACAUCUGCAAUACACCUUGAGGUAGUCUGCGACUACUCUACGGAGGGAUUCAUCGCGGCCUACCGACGGUUCUCAUCAAGACGCGGCCUAGCUCGCACCCUGCACUCCGAUUGUGGCACCAAUUUCCUUGGGGCAGAUGCAGCUCUCAAAAGGCUGUUCGUUCAAGGCGCUCAAGAACAUCAGCAGAUUAGCAAGUUGCUGGCUCAGGAUAAUACCAGAUGGGAAUUCAACCCACCAGCUUCUCCCCACAUGGGAGGAAAAACUCACCACCUUGCUCAAAUAGAGGCCAUUCUCAACUCAUGGCCGCUGGAGCCGCUGAGUGACGAUCCAGAGGACAUCUCAGCGCUCACUCCAGGACAUUUUCUCAUAGGAAGUCCGCUCACAGCUAUACCAGAACCAUCCCUGGAUGAUCUAGCGAUCUCUCGACUCUCACGCUGGCAAUUCAUACAACAACGAGCCCAGCAAUUUUGGACACAGUGGUCGUCGCAUUACUUGCAACGCCAGCAAGCAAUCUCAAAGUGGCACCAUAAGAACAACUGCAUAAAGAUUGGUUCCUUGGUGCUAAUCACUGAUGAAAGACUACCACCAUGCAAGUGGCCAUUAGCUCGUGUGACCGCUCUACACCCAGGCAAGGAUGGACUCGUCAGAGUGGUGACAGUGAAAACUGCCACCACAACGCUCAUUCGGCCGGUGAUCAAGCUUGCUGUCCUGCCCAUCUCAUCAACAGAGUAG